AACACCGAGAAUAACAAAUGGCGGCGCUACGUUGUGUCAUUGUACGUGGGGUUUUUUAAGGUAAAUGUGUAUGCUGAAAUUUUAAAUUACCACACCGCUUGUUUUGUCAACACUUCCUCCAUGUGAGGCACGAGACCCGCGUCUGUCAGCUGGAUUGGUCAGUCCUACAGACCGCUACACACACACACACACACACACACACAAAUACUCACAGCUAGCUUUAGCUCCAGCCGCCGUUCCGCAGACUGCUACUCACAACCGCUGCUAUAAAAAGGAAGAAGGAACCUCAUAAUAACUGGAAAUUGUUGGCCGAAGUAACGCGUUGAGGACCCAUUCUCACCGUGGUUUCUCAUCUGAUGGAGCACUGGUUAUCAGUCUUCUCAAAACGCCACAAUGUAUCCUUGUCACGUAACCCCCUGGCCCUCUGCUGAGCCACCGGCAUCUUGUGGCAGCCGUGCACCCCCCGUGCUCCCCUCACAACCUUUACCUGACCUGCUGUGCAGCUGUCCUGCUCCACCUUUGACCGCCCACUCCCAGACGCCCUCACCGGACCCCAUGGAGUCCCUCAUUGUGGUCACCGAGUACGAACCCAGCAGACCUGAGGGUGAGACUGGGGAGCAGGAGGUAGAAGAAAUGGACAGUUCUGAGACGCCCGAGCCAGCAUCCUCUGUGGCAGCGUCCUUCUCAACCCCGUCCUGCGACCUGCUGUCCCACACAGUUCGCCGGUCAGAGGCUCUGCUCCCCGAAAGCCAAGAGCAAAGAGGAAGAUUGAACCUGUCAGACAGGAAAUUGUCUCUGCAGGAACGCUCGCAAAGUGCAACAUCCCCCUGCAGCUCUCCUGGACUCAACGGGCGCUAUAUUUACCCAUCAUUACCGUACUCACCCAUCACAUCACCGCACUCCUCUCCCCGCCUGCCCCGGCGGCCCACUGUGGAGUCCCACAGUGUUUCUAUCACAGACCUCCAGGACUGUGUUCAACUCAACCAAUAUAAGCUGAAAGAUGAGAUUGGAAAGGGCUCCUACGGUGUUGUCAAGCUGGCGUACAAUGAGGACGACAACACAUAUUAUGCGAUGAAGGUGCUGUCCAAGAAGAGGCUGAUGAGGCAGGCAGGUUUCCCACGGAGACCUCCCCCUCGUGGAGCCAAAGCAGCCCCCGAGGGUCCAGCUCAACCCAAAGGACCGCUGGAGCGGGUCUACCAAGAGAUUGCCAUCCUGAAAAAGCUGGACCAUUCCAAUGUAGUAAAACUAGUGGAGGUUUUGGACGACCCCAGUGAGGACCAUCUGUACAUGGUGUUUGAGCUGGUGAAGAAAGGGGCUGUGAUGGAGGUGCCAACAGAUAAACCUUUCAGUGAGGACCAGGCGCGCUUUUACUUCCAGGAUCUGCUCAGGGGAAUUGAGUACUUGCAUUACCAGAGGAUUAUCCACAGAGACAUCAAGCCCUCUAACCUGUUGGUGGGUGAAGACGGACACAUCAAGAUAGCAGACUUUGGUGUCAGUAACCAGUUUGAAGGAGCUGAUGCUCUCCUGACAAGCACGGUGGGAACACCUGCAUUCCUUGCACCUGAGACACUCUCCGAAACCAGGAAGAACUUCUCCGGAAAGGCUUUGGAUGUUUGGGCCAUGGGUGUGACACUUUAUUGCUUUGCUUUUGGAGUGUGUCCAUUUAUGGAUGAGCGCAUCCUCAGUCUUCAUCAGAAGAUCAAGACACAACCUGUGGUGUUACCCGAACGCGUUGACAUAUCAGAUGACCUCAAAGAUUUGUUGAUGAAAAUGUUGGACAAGAACCCAGAGAGCAGGAUAUCAGUCGCACAGAUCAAGGUGCACCCGUGGGUGACGAGGCACGGCGCGGAGCCCCUCCCACCGGAGGACGACAACUGCUGCAUGCUCAUCGAGGUGACCGAGGAGGAGGUGGAGAAUUCUGUCAAACACAUCCCCAGUCUGGCUACAGUGAUCCUGGUGAGGACCAUGCUGAGGAAGCGUUCCUUUGGGAACCCCUUUGACUGGGGCCGCAAAGAGGACCGCGGCAAUUUGUGCGCUUCAGGGCAAACACUCAUCAAAGGCAGAGCAGGCAAUGUGCGAUACUGCUACAUACAUUGUAACCAAAGAAGGAAACAGGAGAGCGGCGACGGCAUGAGGAGUAUGGACCUGCCAUAUGUGGGAGAGGACGAGGCUCUCUCCUGAUGCACGGCGGCGUAUAACGCACACGACACGACAUCCCUUUACACCCUGGCAGCGCACACCUACGUACAUUCUCACUAGAGGUGGAUUGGACACAGAAAAGGGAGAAAUUAAGGAUGUAAGGCACUUUGAAAACCACUUCUAAGCUUCUUUUUUUUUUCUCCACUCUCUCCUCUUAUGUAAGGCUUAGUGUGGGAGAUUUGGGACAUGUGACAAUUACAUGUGAAACUUCCAAGAGAGGAACCCCACCCGAACCUUGACCCUUGAGCUUGUCUGCAGCUCUCACCACCUGAACCAGUCUCCUCUAACGUUAUGCAUGCGUGUAUAGUUUUAGCAUGCGUUGUCUCAGGCUUCAAAUGUACAGCGUGUGUGUUUUAUUGUAGUUCUUAGCCACUUGUGUUGUUCCUUGUCCUCACGUGAGGACAUUUCAGGUACGUGCGGCACAUGUUGUGAACAGGAGGGACGGGUCAUCUCCGCCGUCGCCUCGCGGCGUUUGUGUUUAGCCGAGCAGGUCAAAGACCAUGAUUGUCUGGGUCACUCUGCCUCGUGGCGGCAGUGCCCGGGUUUAUAAUCUCGGAGUGAAUCACUUGGUUUUCCAAAAAAGGGCAGUGGUAAAAUGUUUACGUCAUUGAAUGCAUGUGUUUACUUUCCCAAUGCAAUUCUGUAUAAGCUAUUUAACAACACACACAUACACACGCACGUAUAUUUUGUUUGAUGCAAUUUUCCUUUUUUUGUUUUUACAAUCUUACCACUGUUUUUUAAUAGUGAGUUUAGAAAGCUUUACAGACAGUUGAUAUAGUGGUUUGUGAAUAAUUAUAUGAAUGAUUACUGCAUAUACAACAUAGCAUAGGUUUAAAAGAAAAUAGGAUUUCUUGCUUCUGGUCAAACUUUAUUAAGUGAGCAACCAUAUGGUUUCAUAUGGUCAGUAUUUGCUUCUUUUUUUUAGUUCAUAAAGCUGCAACACAUAGAGAAAUGAAGAUAGUGUUAUAUAACAUUCAUAAGAGGAAAAGGGGUUGGUGCAAAGUUACUAUGUAGGUAAACAUUGUUAUUUUAUUAAAGUUGAAACGGUAAAAUGUUAGUCUCAGAUUUGUAACUGUAUCUUUUUCAUUUCCUCGCUCGUGAACAUUUCAAACCUCAAGUUAGAUAUGUGAAUGUUCUCACUUGUUUGUUUUAUAUAUCGUGAUAACAAUUAUAGAUGUUAUAUAAAUGCACAUUUUCAGGACACCAAAAACAAAACAAAAAACUACUUAAACUAUGUAUAAUGUUGUAAAAUAUAGUUAAACAAACCUUUAAACUAUUUGUUCUUACCGAACUGUUUCGAGACGGAAGCAUAGUGCAGCUGCAGACCUUUUGUACAAAUCUAUGCACAUCUGUAAGAGAUGUUUUAAAAAAAAAAAAAACAGAAAAAAACAACUGUUGUCAUCUUUGACUGGAGGACUUGGCCAAGCUGCAAAUGUUUCUAAUCAACUCUGAAAUUCUUUUUAAACAUGUUUAAGUCUAGAUGAUGUUCCUCAAGUUUACCCUCCCCUCCCAUCAGUGAAAGUAAAUUCUUGACGUGUAUCCACAAUAUUCACACAGUAUAGUAUGUGACAUUCAAUGCUUCCACACAAUAAUAGCUUCAGCACAUACGUGUUGAAUGUAUGAGAAAAGGUUGUUUUUUUUUGUUUUGUUUUUCACCUUACUACUUGCAUGUGUCUGUGUUAUCACCAGUACUAUGCAUUAUGAUGUGUGUUUUGUCAGAUGGUCACAUAGAGAGUGCAAACUAGAGGACUGUUGGAUUCUUUUUUACACCUGUUUACCCAAUGUUCCGUGAAUCGCUUCAAACUGAGACAGACGAUCUGAUUUCAUGAGUAAAACUGCCAACUGAACUGAACUUUUAGAGACCUCACUCCCAGCGUAAAUGAUAAACAAGCCUCCUAUUUAGGCAGAAAAUGAGUUGCAUAGCCUCCAUUUUACUUCACACUGACAUGUCACCUCUUUUAAAGGUACAGUGUGUAAAAUUUCACCUGUCCCCUUCCCUGCCAAGUGUGUUGGACAAGACUGUCCUCCAACGAAAAGUGACUAUGGGUCGUAUGCAGGAACGUUUUUAACCCUUUAACAUCUAGGCCACAAAAUGUCUGUCUAGACUUUUUUUUUUUUCCACAUUGACGCCAGAAAAUGUCUUGUGUGUAAGUGUCCAGAAUACCUUUCUAUAUCUGGCAGUUGUUUACAAUUGACUGUACAUUAAAAUGGUGUAUUAACAAUGUAAAAUGAAGAAAAACGCUGUAGUUGUAUAUGAACACCAGAUUUUACGUGUUAAAUUUGACAUUUGAACAGUAUAAAACAUAUUUAAAUAACAUUAGUUUCAGUUUUUAUCUUAAUGUCCAGAAACAGGCCUGUUUUUCCAACUCUCUCCUCUCUGGUGACAAAGAUGCUGGUUGAAAUUACCGUAAUAGCUGAGAAGUUGACUUUGACGUGCAACUUCUCGGCUUUUGAAACCGUUGGCAUUUGUGCCACUCGGUAUUAAAGGGUUAAAAUAGACGCCCCUAGUGGUAGGAUAAAUAACAGCAAUCUGGUGACUUGUGUGUGUGUGUCAUCAUCAAGUAGCUUCAUUGUGGUUUCCACUGGCAGUUUCCUUAGUAUUUAAAGUGUUGUACUUUGGUGUGGUUGACCCCCCUUUUUUUGUCAUUGUCUGUAACGCACUCAGUAGCCCUAAUCUCAUUAACACUUGUGCCUAAUUAAGUUUAGAAAUACCCACAUGCUAAAAAUGUACCUAUAUGUCAUUCAGGCGUUGACCAAAUCGACCCAUAGUUACGUUUCAGUUGGAGGAAGAACCUAUGUAGCCUUUACUUUGCAUAAAUCUUUAGUUUGUCUUUUGUGGGCUACUGUCAAAACAUGGUAGUCCAAAAUGGCGCUGACCUCCUGUAGCUCCUGAUAUAGAUGUUAAAGAAAAGCGGUUAUAAGUGAUUCACAGUGGAGUCAUUUUAGCUUCAAUGUCUACCAAAUGAAAACAUGUUUACACGUUGGACCUUUAAACCAUAAUUAAAACCAUAAUUAAAAAAUACAUUAACAAAACUGGAAUUUCCUGUAGGUUAUUGUAAGUUUUUACCAUGUGGAAAAUAAAGCAGGUACUUGAAGGACCGUUUGACAAUGGAAAACUGUACGGUAAAUAUUUUAUAGAUACAAUAUUUAAGCUUGUUUGUUUGUUUAUUUGUUUCAACCCAGUCUUUGCCCAUUCUCGUCAGAACGGCCGGGCUACAGUCAGUGGUUCACUUUUGCUGUUCAUAUGUUUUUGAAUUCUGUAGUGUAAUUUAUUCAAUUCAAGAGUUUUGGGGGCUCUUUUACUCUCAAUGCAUGCCAACAUACUCGCACAUACCACUGUAUUGUUAUAGCAUGAAAGGCCCUCGGCAACAGAAUCAGGCCUUUGAUAAAUAAACUAUUCUAUAUCCACUGUAUCUUGUUCAUCAUUUGAAUAAAAAAAUAUUAAUGCCUUUA